CCCUGGGGCUGAGAAUUAAGGUUACACUGACUCUUAUUCCCACAUUCCGGGACAAAUGAAUAAGUCCUUUCCUACUAACCUCAGAAAACUUUAGACUGACUCAAAAACUCCGCCCCCCCCGCGAUUCUUCCCCGCCCCUCGGCGUCCAGACAGUGGGACAACCUGCCCCGCCCCCUAUGGGAACCCCUGACUGUGACCUCGAGCUGGUCUGCUGUCCGGUCCCGGGCAGCGACUCUGCUCUCACUCACUCUGCCCUACCUCUCCCCUCAGCCCUUGGCGAUCUUACUCUGUCCUCACCCUCGGCCCUCGGGGCGAGGCAGGAACCUUAGACACACUCCUGAACUGUGGGCCCGCAGGCUUGGGUAGCCUGCGCUUGGAGCCCGGCUCCGAGACCCCACUGUGCUCAGCAGAUCUGCUAUGCAUCCCUGAACCAUCCGGCACUUGCGAGGCAUUUUAAGGCGCCUGUUAGGUGAUUAUGUCAGACAAAGCUAUGGAAGGAGGCGAUUGCUGUAAUCCUGUUGGGAAUCCUAACCGGGUCUCCCUUCUCAGGCGCACCACACCCCUUGCUGCAGGUCUCCUUAUCUGGAGAAAGUAACUGCACAGAGCGGGAAUGAGGAGAGUGACUUAAGGAAGAAGGGACAUUAGUACAAGUCUUUGAAGGCUGAAGGAGGGAGGGUGUUUGUCCUGGGUGGGGCUCCGUGCCAGGUUCUCUGAGAGGCUGUGAGGUGGUGACAGAGAAGGGGUGGGACUGCCGGACUUCUGGACUUUGGGCAGUACAAAGCCUUCUAAAUCCUUAGUUUCAGGUCAGAGUUUCUUCCGGGCUCUGGCCUGGGAGCUGCCUGAAGCCAAGGGCUUCUGCUCUGUACGCAGCCUAGGAUGUCAGGCUUGGUGUUGGGGCAGCGGGAUGAGCCUGCAGGGCACCGGCUCAGUCAAGAGGAGAUCUUGGGCAGCACCAAGGUGGUGAGCCAAGGGCUGGAGGCCCUACACAGUGAACAUCAGGCUGUGCUGCAGAGCCUGUCCCACACCAUUGAGUGUCUGCAACAGGGAGGCCAUGAGGAAGGACUGGUGCAUGAGAAGGCCCGGCAGCUGCGGCGGUCUAUGGAGAACAUUGAGCUGGGGCUGAGCGAGGCCCAGGUGAUGCUGGCUCUGGCUAGCCACCUGAGCACAGUGGAGUCUGAGAAGCAAAAGUUGCGGGCCCAAGUGCGGCGGCUGUGCCAGGAGAAUCAGUGGCUCCGGGAUGAGCUGGCGGGCACUCAGCAGCGCCUGCAGCGCAGCGAGCAGGCUGUGGCUCAGCUAGAGGAAGAGAAGAAGCACCUGGAGUUCCUGAGGCAGCUGCGGCAGUAUGACGAGGACGGCCAUGGCAUGGAGGAGAAGGAGGGAGAGGCCACCAAAGAUUCUCUGGAUGACCUGUUCCCCAAUGAGGAGGAGGAGGACUCUGGCAACGACUUGUCCCGUGGUCAGGGCGCUGCAGCGGCCCAGCAGGGCGGCUAUGAGAUCCCAGCGAGGCUGCGGACCCUGCACAACCUGGUCAUCCAGUAUGCAGCUCAGGGUCGCUACGAGGUGGCGGUGCCACUCUGCAAGCAAGCGCUGGAGGACCUGGAGCGCACAUCUGGCCGAGGUCACCCUGACGUGGCUACCAUGCUCAACAUCCUGGCUCUGGUGUACCGGGACCAGAAUAAGUACAAGGAGGCUGCUCAUCUGCUGAACGAUGCUCUCAGCAUCCGGGAGAGCACCCUGGGCCGGGACCACCCAGCCGUGGCUGCCACACUCAACAAUCUGGCUGUGCUGUACGGCAAACGGGGUAAAUACAAGGAGGCAGAGCCACUGUGCCAGCGGGCACUGGAGAUCCGAGAGAAGGUCUUGGGCACCGACCAUCCAGAUGUGGCAAAACAGCUGAACAACUUGGCCCUCCUAUGUCAAAACCAGGGCAAGUACGAGGCGGUGGAACGCUAUUAUCAGCGGGCACUAGCUAUCUAUGAGAGCCAGCUAGGGCCAGACAACCCUAAUGUGGCUCGGACCAAGAAUAACCUGGCUUCCUGCUACCUAAAGCAGGGCAAGUACUCUGAGGCCGAGACUCUGUACAAAGAGAUCCUAACCUGUGCCCAUGUGCAGGAGUUUGGCUCUGUGGAUGAUGACCACAAGCCAAUCUGGAUGCAUGCUGAGGAACGGGAGGAGAUGAGCAGGAGCCGGCCCCGUGACAGCAGUGCACCCUAUGCAGAGUACGGAGGGUGGUACAAGGCCUGCAGAGUGAGCAGCCCCACAGUGAACACUACUCUGAAAAACCUAGGGGCUCUGUACAGGCGCCAGGGGAAGCUGGAGGCAGCUGAGACCCUGGAGGAAUGUGCUCUGCGCUCCCGGAAACAGGGUACUGACCCCAUCAGUCAGACCAAGGUGGCAGAGCUGCUCGGGGAAGGAGAUGGUAGAAAGGCCAUCCAGGAGGGCCCUGGAGACAGCGUGAAGUUCGAGGGAGGUGAAGACGCAUCAGUGGCUGUGGAGUGGUCAGGGGAUGGCAGUGGCACCCUCCAGAGGAGCGGUUCUCUUGGCAAGAUCCGGGAUGUGCUUCGCAGGAGCAGUGAGCUCCUGGUGAGGAAGCUCCAGGGGACGGAGCCAAGACCUUCCAGCAGCAGCAUGAAGCGGGCGGCCUCGCUGAACUACCUAAACCAACCCAAUGCAGCCCCCCUCCAGGUCUCCCGGGGCCUCAGCGCCAGCACUGUGGACCUUUCUUCAAGUAGCUGACAUUCAACUCCCUCUUCUAGUCUGCUGGGUCCCCACAGCCCUUACAGCAUUCCCCAUGGCUCCUGUCUCUUCCCCAACUCAAUAGGAUGGUGAAGAGGGAGCGGUGUAUGUGGGAGAUUGCUGCUUCUAGGGUCUAGGCUCCUUCCCUGGGAACCCCCUCGGAAGGGCCCUCAGGAUAACAUGCUCUCUACUUUGGAGUCCUCUAGAGUAGCUGACUGAGGCUCCCAAGGUGGGGGAAAGUGGGUCUGCACCUCAGGGAUGCGCCUGCUGCUGGCUCUUCUGUCAGUUUGGGGCUGGCCAACUGGGCUGCUUUGCCCUGGUCUCUUUUACCCUCUGCUGCCUCACUACAGGUCCACGUAUUUCACUGUUUCUUUAAUAAAUGAACCAGGUAACAUUU